UGUUACUCUAAGUCCACGAACUGCGAUUGGGCAGCGUAGACGGGGCACUUCCGGUGCCCGGGUGCCUGGGUUCUCGGCAGGAAGCGCAAAAUGGAGCCCGGAGCCGCGGCCCGCGCUUGGUCUCUCCUGUGGCUGCUGCUGCCCUUGCUUGGCCCGGUCUGCGCUAGCGGUCCCCGCACCUUAGUGCUGCUGGACAACCUCAACCUGCGGGAGACGCACUCGCUUUUCUUUCGAAGCCUGAAGGACAGGGCUUUUGAACUCACAUUCAAGACCGCAGAUGACCCCAGCCUGUCCCUCAUUAAGUACGGGGAGUUCCUCUAUGACAAUCUCAUCAUCUUCUCCCCUUCGGUGGAAGAUUUCGGAGGCAACAUCAACGUGGAGACCAUCAGUACCUUUAUUGACGGUGGAGGCAGUGUCCUGGUAGCUGCCAGCUCAGACAUUGGUGACCCUCUUCGAGAGCUGGGCAGUGAGUGUGGGAUCGAGUUCGACGAGGAGAAAACAGCCGUCAUUGACCAUCACAACUACGACAUCUCAGACCUUGGUCAGCACACGCUCAUUGUGGCCGACCCUGAGAACCUGCUGAAGGCCCCAACCAUUGUUGGGAGAUCAUCUCUGAACCCCAUCCUCUUUCGAGGUGUUGGGAUGGUGGCCGAUCCUGACAAUCCUUUGGUAUUGGACAUCCUGACGGGCUCCUCCACGUCUUACUCCUUCUUCCCGGAUAAACCUAUCACCCAGUACCCCCACGCGGUGGGGAAGAACACCCUGCUCAUUGCUGGGCUCCAGGCCAGGAACAAUGCCCGGGUCGUCUUCAGCGGCUCCCUGGACUUCUUCAGCGAUGCCUUCUUCAACUCGGCGGUGCAGAAGGCUGCGCCCGGCUCCCAGAGGUAUUCCCAGACAGGCAACUACGAGCUAGCUGUGGCCCUCUCCCGCUGGGUGUUCAAGGAGGAGGGUGUCCUCCGUGUGGGGCCCGUGUCCCACCAUCGGGUGGGUGAGACCGCCCCACCCAACGCCUACACCGUCACCGACCUAGUGGAGUACAGCAUCGUGAUUGAGCAGCUCUCAAAUGGCAGAUGGGUCCCCUUUGAUGGUGAUGACAUCCAGCUAGAGUUUGUCCGCAUCGAUCCUUUCGUGAGGACCUUCUUGAAGAAGAAAGGUGGCAAAUACAGCGUCCAGUUCAAGUUGCCCGAUGUGUAUGGAGUGUUCCAGUUUAAAGUGGAUUACAACCGGCUAGGCUACACGCACUUGCACUCUUCCACUCAGGUGUCGGUGCGGCCGCUCCAACACACGCAGUACGAGCGCUUCAUCCCCUCGGCCUACCCGUACUACGCCAGCGCCUUCUCCAUGAUGCUGGGGCUCUUUAUCUUCAGCACGGUCUUCUUGCACAUGAAGGAGAAGGAGAAGUCCGACUGAGGCGGCCGAGCCCUGGGACUCCUCAAAACAUGCAGAUGGGGGUUACAUAGGGUUGGGUUGUCUUUUUAUGGUGUUGUGUGUGUUUCACUUGUUUGUUUUUUUAAGCUGUGGGACAGUGGCAGAGUCUCACCUCAGUGGGAGACACGGCACUGAGUACCGUGGGGGUGGGGGUUGGGGGAUGAUUUUUAUGUUGAGUUUUUCCACCUAAUGCUAAGUGGUAUUUUCCAUGUGUGGUCACUCUCAUUUCUAAGAUAAAAAGAAGCCUUGCCCUCCAA